CACAAGCUACCCCUUGUCGAAGAAAAACAGAGUUUUAGCCUCACAAAACAGGCGAAAAACCAGGGGCGAUCACUUGAACCUCAGAGAACACAAAAGGCAAAUAAAUGGCAAGAAAAUUAGACAUGGUUUUGUUUGCCGCCUUUGUGGCGUUGACUAUACUCCAUACCUCGGCCGUGGCGACAACCUAUUUUGUUGGUGAUUCUAGCAAUUGGGGAAUUCCCAGUUCUUCUAAUGCUUACUCCAAUUGGGCUGCAAACAAGACAUUCGUUGUGGGCGACAUUCUUGUGUUCAACUUCACCGAAAACCGACAUGAUGUAGCCGAAGUGACAAAUUCGGCUUAUGACGCUUGCAACGGCACCAACCCUAUUUUCCGGCAAACCUCGAGCCCUGCGAACAUUACCCUUCAAACGGUCGGCGAGCACUACUAUAUUUGCACCUUUAGCGGGCACUGCAAUGCCGGUCAAAAGCUCGCCAUCAAUGUCUCUAGAGCUUCUUCUUCGGCUCCUGUGCCGGCUCCAGCUCUUGCUCCGCAGCCUUCUUCUCCUUCACCUUCCUCAUCGCUGGCACCUACUCCAACAAGAGGAAACCAGACUUACACUGUCGGGGAUACAUCGGGUUGGACUGUUCUUGGUGCUUCCGCUUACCAAACUUGGGCUUCUAACAAGACCUUUUUGGUUGGAGACAUUCUAGUGUUCAACUUUGCGAACGGAUCACACGACGUGGCCGAGGUGACCAAGGAAAACUACAACUCAUGCAACACCAACUCCACCAUCUCGUUGUACACCAAUCCGCCGGUGAGAAUCACUCUUGACACUGCCGGUGAACACUUUUUCACGUGCCCGUUCCCCGGCCACUGUGAUGGCGGCCAAAAGCUCUCCAUUAACGUCACCGGCGGCAACAGCACCCGAUCUCUCUCGCCGUUGCCGGCUUGUCUUCCACCUUCUCCAUUAUCACCUUAG